UCUCGGGAGCACGCCGGUCCCUGCUCUCGGCGCCGGCGCGGAGCGAAGUUGGGAGGGGCAGCUCUUCCCGGUUCUGUCCCGGUUCUUGGGGCUGUGUAUCCGGCCCGCAGACAUGUCGGGGUUCAGCCCGGAGCUUAUCGACUACCUGGAAGGAAAGAUCUCCUUCGAGGAGUUCGAAAGGCGGAGAGAAGAGAGAAAAACUCGCGAGAAGAAAAGUCUUCAGGAGAAAGGAAAGUUAUCAGCAGAAGAAAAUCCAAAUGACUCUGAAGUUCCGUCAUCAUCAGGAGUUGACUCUUCCAGAUCCCAGGACAAAGAUGGCAAUGAAGGAGAAACGUCAGAUGGAGUCAGUAAGUCAGUUCACAAAGUCUUUGCUUCCAUGCUUGGAGAGAAUGAAGAUGAUGAGGAGGAAGAGGACGAAGAAGAGGAGGAGGAGGAGGAGGAGGAGGAAACACCACAGCAACCCACUGCAGGCGAUGUGUUUGUAUUGGAGAUGGUUCUCAACCGGGAGACCAAGAAAAUGAUGAAAGAGAAAAGGCCUCGGAGUAAACUUCCCAGAGCUCUGAGAGGCCUCAUGGGUGAAGCCAACAUUCGCUUUGCGCGAGGAGAACGUGAAGAGGCGAUAUUGAUGUGCAUGGAAAUCAUAAGACAGGCUCCUCUUGCUUAUGAGCCAUUCUCUACUCUUGCCAUGAUAUAUGAGGACCAGGGUGACAUGGAGAAAUCGCUGCAGUUUGAGUUGAUUGCUGCACAUUUAAAUCCCAGUGACACUGAAGAAUGGGUUAGAUUGGCAGAAAUGUCCCUGGAACAAGACAAUAUUAAGCAGGCUAUUUUUUGCUACACAAAAGCUCUUAAGUAUGAACCUACUAAUGUCCGUUAUCUGUGGGAGCGAUCGAGCCUUUAUGAACAGAUGGGAGACCAUAAAAUGGCAAUGGAUGGUUAUAGGCGCAUUUUAAACCUGUUGUCUCCGUCUGAUGGAGAACGAUUUAUGCAAUUGACUAGAGAUAUGGCUAAGAGUUACUAUGAAGCCAAUGACGUUACUUCAGCUAUUAACAUAAUUGAAGAAGCUUUCUCAAAACACCAGGGCCUAGUCUCCAUGGAAGAUGUUAACAUAGCAGCUGAACUGUACAUUUCUAACAAACAAUAUGACAAAGCUUUGGAGGUAAUUACAGAUUUUUCUGGAAUCGUGCUAGAAAAAAAAACUGCAGAGGAAGACACUCCAGAAGAGAAUAAAGCCAGUGAGAGUGUUACCUGCACCAUACCUGAUGGUGUGCCCAUAGAUAUCACGGUGAAGCUGAUGGUCUGCCUCGUGCAUCUCAACAUCCUUGAACCACUUGAUCCUCUCUUGACAACACUAGUGGAACAGAAUCCUGAAGAUAUGGGAGACCUCUAUCUAGAUGUUGCUGAAGCUUUUCUGGAUGUUGGUGAAUAUAAUUCUGCACUUCCGCUCCUUAGUGCGCUGGUCUGCUCAGAAAGAUACAACCUCGCGGUGGUUUGGCUUCGGCACGCAGAAUGUUUAAAGGCCUUAGGCUACAUGGAGCGUGCUGCCGAGAGCUAUGGCAAAGUGGUUGAUCUGGCCCCCCUCCAUCUGGAUGCAAGGAUUUCACUCUCCACCCUUCAGCAGCAGCUGGGCCAUCCUGAGAAAGCUCUGGAAGCUCUGGAACCAAUGUACGAUCCAGAUACUUUGGCACAAGAUGCAAACGCUGCCCAGCAGGAACUGAAGUUACUGCUUCAUCGUUCUACUCUGUUGUUUUCACAAGGCAAAACGUAUGGUUAUGUGGAUACAUUACUUACCAUGUUAGCCAUGCUUUUAAAGGUAGCGAUGAAUAGAGCCCAAGUCUGUUUGAUAUCCAGUUCCAAAUCUGGAGAGAGGCAUCUCUACCUUAUUAAAGUGUCAAGAGACAAAAUAUCAGACAACAAUGACCAAGAGACAGCAAAUUGUGAUGCAAAAGCAAUAUUUGCUGUACUCACGAGUGUCUUGACAAAAGAUGACUGGUGGAACCUUCUGUUGAAGGCCAUAUACUCUUUGUGUGACCUAUCCCGAUUUCAGGAGGCUGAGUUACUUGUGAAUUCUUCAUUGGAGUAUUAUUCAUUUUAUGAUGACAGGCAAAAACGCAAAGAACUAGAAUACUUUGGUCUCUCUGCUGCAAUUCUGGACAAAAAUUUCAGAAAGGCAUACAACUAUAUCAGGAUAAUGGUAAUGGAAAAUGUCAAUAAACCCCAGCUCUGGAACAUUUUCAAUCAAGUUACCAUGCACUCCCAAGAUGUACGACAUCAUCGCUUUUGUCUUCGUUUAAUGCUGAAAAACCCAGAUAAUCACGCCCUGUGUGUGUUGAAUGGACACAAUGCAUUCGUGUCUGGUAGUUUUAAGCAUGCACUUGGACAGUAUGUGCAAGCCUUCCGCACCCAUCCCCAUGAACCUCUCUAUAGCCUCUGUAUAGGCCUGACCUUUAUUCACAUGGCAUCUCAGAAGUAUGUAUUAAGGAGACAUGCUCUUAUUGUUCAGGGCUUUUCCUUUCUUAAUCGAUACCUCAGUCUACGUGGGCCCUGCCAGGAGUCGUUCUACAAUUUGGGCCGUGGGCUUCACCAGCUGGGGCUGAUUCAUCUUGCGAUCCACUAUUAUCAGAAGGCCCUGGAGCUCCCGCCGCUUGUGGUAGAGAAGCUGGCAUGCCCGUUGGGCUCUCCAGGAAGGAGGCGAGUAACGCUUGGGAGGAAAAGAGCGGAGCAGGCUUGGGCGCGGCAGCCCUCAGAGUGCGAUGCGGACCUGACACGAGCCGUGCCAGGCCAAAGGAGAGUUCUGGAGCAAAGACUGCCUGUUGGAGGAGUCCUGUGAUGGUGGACAUGGCUAGGCCCGUACAGCAUGCUCAGUCAUUGGCUGGAAGUCACCGGAGAAGAGCAUGACUUUGGGUAUCUCCACCUUGCUCAGUCAUUGGCCGGGGGCCUCUCUGAGAACAGCGUGACUUCGGCUUGGAAGCUGCGGCAAAGCUUGAAGCUGCCACAGCUGAAGGCACUCAAGUAACCACACCCCUGGUCUACAGAGACCACAGAGGUUUCGAGGCUAAAAAACAACCCACCCCCAAACCAACCAAACAAAAAACACAGUAUAAACUCAAGACCAAAGAGAAUAGGAGAAGAGCUGACAGAUGACAAAAUAAUUUUAGAAACUAAAAAGCAAACUAAAGGGCAAUUGGUAACUAACUUAAACCAGAGGAGAGUGAGAGCGCGGUGCCCGGGGAGGUGCAUGGAGGCCGCCAGGCGCGCGGACGCCGUCCGGAGCCUCCUGCGGAGAGACGGGCGGGGCGCGCGGACCGCCGCGAAGGGGCAGCCUGGGCCCCCCGGGGACCUCCCCCGGGAGCGGGGCUGCGGCACCCCGCCCUGCAGGGCCCCGGGUUAUCUUCCGGAGCCGGCGGAGUGGGCGCUCUGGAUCUCGAAGAACAGGCCGAGCCGGAAGCAGAGGGCUGCACCGAGGGCAGAGGAUUCGGUGCAGGUCCUCACCCGACAGUGAUCUCGCCUCCUCCUCCUAGCUGGCGCCCAGGAAACUGGCGGCCGAGUUAAUGCCCUCGAGUGGGGAUUAGAGGGCCCCUCUCCGCGAAGAUGCUGCCCAAGCAAACAGACCUAUAGAUGCUGAUAGUUGGGAGUCCUCAGUGAAACAGCCUGGUCCUGGCCAGGGAACCUGCCCGUGGACGAACCCCUCCCGCUCCCACCGAGCCCCGGUCAGCUCGUAGUCUCCUGCCAUCCGUGUGGACGGACAGCUCAUCCAUGAUCAUUAGCCGUUUGAGGACAGCCUCCGAAACGACAGAGAGCCACACAAGCAAAUGGGCGGGGGCGGGGGUGCUAAGGGAACAGAACUAAUGCAGGAAGCAGAAAAAUAAAGAAAAUGUAAUUAAUAUCUCCAGAUGAGAAAAUAUUGUAUCACUGAACAGAAGAAUGCUAUUAAAAGGAAUAUUUAAAGAAUAAGAGAGAGCUUUAUGAAAUUAAAAAUGUAACUGCCUAAACUAAUUCAAUGAUAGAGUUGGGAAAAUAGAAUUUUAAAAAGACGAAAUCGAAAAUUGAAGAGAUGAGAAAAUUUCAGAUGAGAAAAUUAAAGUUUAUGAAAGUCUAAUUUACAAGUGCUUUGUGGCAGUUAACCAUAUCUUAUAAAUUCACUUCUAUUUCAAGGUAUUUGAUUGCUUAAUUAUAAAUAAUUCGAGUGGGAGAAGCAAACCCCCGCAGUGAUUUUUUUAUAUGCAGCAGAGGGCAGUACAUUUCUAUAAACUUAGACUUGUACUUCAUCAUUGCAUUGUCUUAAUACAGUCAUGCCAGCUUUUAGUAUUGUUCACAAAAAAAGCUUAAUUUUUUUUAUUUGGACAAAAAAUAUAUUUUUAUUUUAAAAAAAAAUUUCUGUUUGGAUAGAAAAAAUGUCAGUAUCCCCCUCCCCAUUUGGACAGUCAUAUCCAAAAAGCUCUGUCCCUUUGCACCGCUUACUCCAUCAGCAUGGAAGGAAGGACAGCUGGGGCCCUAACCAGUGUUUCUUGCGGCCCAUUUCCCAGCCUUGACCAAAAGAAUGUCUAGCAGACAUCAAGGGAACUGGCUCGUGCUGGAAAAGUCACUAAUCGCACCCUGAAGAUCACGCCCAAAAUUUACCCCGUUUGCAGACCCAAGGUAAGCAAGCUAAGGUUACAGUGAGGAUUCGCAGGCCCACUUGGCAUUUUAGUAAAGACAGUCAGGUGUUUAUAUUCAGAAAAGGGAGUUGAAGCUGGGGAAAAGAGGAAAGAGAAAGCCAAGAAACAGUCCCUGGGGCUCAGCACCCCGGGCUGCAGGAAAGGCCGGUGCCGUCAACCCGAUGCCGCCGAUUCUAAGCGUUCCGUUUCCUCUUGAGAGCUCUAGGCUCUAAUCUCGGAUUCUAGUUUCAGAGGGGUUUGAAUGCAGCAAAAUGAAUGUUUUUCUUUAAGCAUGUCUACAUACCUCGAGACAGUUGAAAGAAGUAUUUUUCUAAUGACACGCUUUCUAGAAUUAGUCUGCCUUGUUUGGCCAGAUGCUCGUAAGCUUGUGCUGUGGGUGAGGCCCGAUCCCGCAUCUUCUCCUUUUGAGGUGCUCCUCUCAGCCCUGCAAAGAAGGAAGAGAACGGUAGUGACUCCGACCACUAGAGGGAGGUGACAUCCACAGGACUUCCAGCCAGGCAGGCUGCCCGCCGGCAGCCGGGGUCUCCUGGGGCCGGGGAGGCAGGCACACCCGGGGCCGCCCGUGCGCCCUGCAAGAGCGCCAGGACGUGAGAAAGGGUGGAAAGUGGGUCGCUCUCGAGACACAGAUUAAAACCGGCUUUGGGGUGAGUGAAGAACAACUCACAUUGACUCUGUUUCCCGGAGGUGAUCAAAGCCUGAAAAUAUCCUGAUGAUUUCUGCAGGGUCACGACGGGUGGGUUUCCCCUCCUCUCCAUACUCUCUUCUCUUCCCAUCCCCUUUCUUUUUCUAGAAGGUCUCUGGUAAGCCUGAGAGAAGAGGCCCACACGGUUAGCGUGUUAACACUGAAGUUCUGCGGUGUCAGCCGGUAUCAACACCGUCAAGGUCUGUCUGUCUCACAGAUGACUCACCUGUGAGACCUGAAGUUUUCCUCCCUGGACGCACAGGGCCUGAUUUCCCCCUUCCUGGGGCAAAGAAAAGAACUGUGUGUGCCUCCUGACACGGCCAGGAUUACUGGAUGGCAGGUGCCUGCGCUCUGAUAGGGCUCCAAGCUACCCCGGCGGCUGGCUGCACCAGUUGUGUGAGCUCGCCUCUUUCGUCGUGCCCGCCUCACACUUGGCAUUGUUGUCCCAGUGGACGGGUGAAAAUGGUGGCUGCAUUUGCAUAUGAGUGAGGUUGAACUCUGUCUUCUCAUAUGUUUAUAAACCUUUUGGAUUUUUUUUCUUUUCUGAAUUGCGUUUGUCAUAUCCUUUGCCCAUUUUUAAAAACGUUGAGCCCUGUUUUUCUUGUUGAAUUGUAGGCAUUCUUUAUUUAAUCUGGAA